UCAGGCAACUGUCGUAAAAGCUCUGAUCAGAUAAUAAUGGCUCAGGAACGAACAGAGGAUGACAGUAUACCCGAUGAUAUGUCCAGGUGGAUGGAAGAUAAUCUGGUUGUUCUUGAUGAUGAUGAUGAAAUUCAGAUCAAACAAGAAAAAGACUCUCAAAAAGAUGAACCAAUUAACACAUGUGCCAGCCUUCGCAGAUUACUUUUACGCAUAAAAAGCUCUAUAAAUUGUACUCAUCCUGAUCAAGUUCUUUUAAAGUGCAAAGGCAGCAAGUUGGGAAAACUGAGAGUCCACCCGGCUUCAGGAUAUUAUCUAGUCGUUCAUCUUGUAGAUCCAGAUACUGACAACCCAAACGAAGAUGUAGCUGUUGUGUUUGGAGACAAGUUUAUUUCUGAGCUUUCUGGUAAACCUUACUCAGAAGUACAUGCGUUAGACAAGCAUGACAAGUCAAAGAGUGAACUGAAAAAGGCCAUUGGUAAAUGUCAUUCAAAAUUACUUAAAACAAUAGCUUUUGUGAAACUGGACCUUACAAUGAUGGAAACUGCAGAGGACGGAACACCUAUGCCAAAUGUCAUUGAAUAUACACCUUGCUAAAUAAUGGUCCAAUAUAUCUUGCUGUCUUCUUCAUCUUAAAAAAAUACAUUGGGUGAGAGUAAGAGUAUCAUGU